CAGGAGGAACAGGAAGCUGUGUGCAGGGCUAUAAAAGAACGAAGACCCGCAAUAAGACAAUUGAGCUUUGGUGACUUAGAGAUCUACAUAAUGAGAGCUACUGCAGUUAUCCUUCUGGUUGUCUGUCUGCUGGACUUCGGUCAUGCAUGGAACUGCAAGGAAAUCAAGUUUAAGAAUCUGCGUCAGAUUGACGCAGGAAUUGGACAAGUGGUUGCUACCGACACAAGUCAAAUUCCCUACUACCUGGUAGGGGAUGAAUUGAUCCGCCUGCCUGGUGCUCUGUCACACAUCACUGUGGGGCCAGCAGGAAUCUGGGGUGUCAAUGAGGCAUAUGCAAUUUACAAGUAUGUGGCCGGUAAUUGGGUGCAAGCUGCAGGCCUUCUGAAACAGGUGGAUGCUGGCGGUGACCCUUUUAUUGUUGGGGCCAACAUGAACGAUGGACCAUUCUGUCUGAGAAGUGGUGCCACAGUUGGCUACAAGGGUCCAGACUCACCCCUUCCAUGGACUGGAUUGACAGGAUUAGUGAAGUACUACAGUUGUGGACCCUUCAUCUGCUGGGCUGUUAACAAGGAUGAUGAUAUCUUCAUAAUGAAUCUGAAGCCAGACUGUCAAAACGGUGGGUGGACUCAAAUUGGUGGGAAACUUUCCAUGAUUGAGGUGGCAUCUGAUGGUAGUGUCUUUGGAGCUAACUCUAAUGGGGAUGUUUAUACCAGAGACGGCAUCACAGCCAGUAAACCUGAAGGCACAGGAUGGACCCAAAUCCCAAUGUGCUUAAAAAUAAAGCAUGUGACCUACGACCUGGGCCGUCUUUGGGCUAUCUCUACGUCUGGUGUCACAAUGUUGUGCACAAAUUAGCUUCUCUUCUGCUUCUGAAGGCCGUCAUGGGACAACAUCAGUCAAAUGAUAUAAAUGUUGUUUCUGGUCACAGCUCAAAAUGUCAUAUCAUGUUUUUGGUGUUAAUCACUCUCACAUAGCUGUGAUGACGUUAAUUUAAAGUCUUCCAUGCAGAGUUGCUUUAAAUUAUUGGCAUUUGUGGAUGAUUAAGCUACUCUUUAUAGGUUCCCCCACAUCUCAACAAGGUUUAUGUCUGAACAUUGACUAGGCUACUUUGUAAUUGAUUUAUUUGUUUAGCCUUUUGUAGCUAUUAAAAUAUGGACAUGCUUGUGUAUA